AUGGAGACCGAAUCUGAUAAAGGGAAGUUGCCCAGCCAACCCGAGCAAGCUAAAGCUAUCACGGUUCUCAGAAGCGGGAAGGUAGUGGACAACACGGUGCAAAUGCCUGGGCCCGAGGACCAAGAGGGGACCAAAGAACCUGACGGUGAGGGGAUAGAUGCAGAGAAGAUCAAGGAAGAAGAGUCCGAGAAGGUGACAGACGAGCCCGCACUACACAAGUCACCGAAUCCAUUCAAGCCGAGCAUUCCCUUUCCGGACCGACUCAGAAACGAGAAGCAAGAGAAGCAGUUCCGGGAUCUUUUCAGCAUGCUCUCUAAGCACGACUUGCCCAAGAAGGAGCGUGACCCCAGUGGGUUCAUUAUUCAGAUAGCCUUGGGAAACGGGAAGGUAGCUUCGGGGAUGCUUGACCUUGGAGCUGGAAUAAACCUCAUGCCCUUUUUGAUUUUUCAGAGGCUCGGCCUUGGAGAGUUGAGGCCGACCCGCAUGUGUCUCCAGUUGGCGGACCGUUCCAUACGGUAUCCGAAGAGGAUAGUCGAGGAUGUUCUCGUGAAGAAUGGGAAGGAUCACACCAUCCUUCUCGGAAGACCUUUCAUAGCGACUACGAACACCCUUAUUGACGUGAAGAAUGGAACCCUGAAUAUGACUGUUUUGGGGGAAACGGUGUCCAUUUCCGUUCGAGGAGCCAUGUCUGCCUCCUCGGUGAAUUUUGUCGAAGAGUGUGCUUUCAUUGACCUAGCCGACCCAUUUGUAGAUGAGAUGGUGAUUCACGAGUAUGAGGAAGUAUCAAUGCCAGUUUUUGAGGAUGAGGAUGAGCCUAUAAUUGAACUUUUUGAAAAACCGGUGAUCAUCUUUGCUGAGCUUGACCGUGAGAAAGAAGAGGAGCUGAUUGCUAUGCUCCAAAAGAACCAGAAAGCAAUCGGGUGGAGCCUGGGAGACAUGAAAGGGAUCAGUCCAUCUACAUGCAUGCACCGUCUUAUUUUGGAGGAGGGAGUUAAGCCGUUUCGGGAUAGCCAGCGACGGCUAAAUCGGAAUAUGAUGGAGGUAGUGAAGAAGGAGAUGCUGAAACUUUUCUCUGAGGGAUUGAUCUAUCUAGUGGCGAGUAGUGAGUGGGUUAGCCCUAUUCAUGUGGUGCCGAAGAAGGAAGGCAUAACCGUGAUCGAGAACGAUAAGAAGAGUUGGUCCCCACCCGCAUCACUACUGGGUGGCGCAUGUGCAUUGACUAUAGGCGACUGA